GAGACCUAAGAAACUGGUGAGCUUUUAGCAGUGUGGCGGCGGCCUGUAAGCUUGGGGGGCGUGAACCAGUUGUAGUUCAGAGCGCGAAACAUGGCGGAGGAGGGUGCCGGUGCCGGGUCUGAUGACAGCUACUACAAAGAUGUGGGUGAUGACUGCGUGGUCAAGGCAGCUGUAGAGGUGUUCGAGAAGCUGAAGGGUGUAAACUGCCCCUUCCUCGACGGCCUGUAUAUUACAGAACCAAAGACAAUUAUGGAGCUGCUGUGUAGGCCCUCAAAGUACCGGUUGGACAUACUGGAAUGGAUGUGUAUACGGGUCUGCCCCUCCUUGCAAGACAAGUUCAUCUCACUGAAAGGGAAUGCAUUGGAUUUGAAGAUACAGGAGAUGUUGAAGCUAGGCCAUGAGCUGAUGUUUUGUGCACCAGAUGACCAGGAUCUUCUAAUGGGCCGUGAGUGUCCCCAGAAGCAACUACAGUUCAUGGACAAGAUACUGGAUAUGAUGCAGAGCCUGGCCACUGGAUGCUCCAGUAGUUCUAGCCUGAAGGAACACCUUGAAGACACCACAGAGAAGAAUGAGGCGUUGCUUGGGGAACUCUUCUCCAGCCCCAACCUGAGGGCAAUUUUGAAACCUGAGAGUGACCCAUGGCCUCUGGACAUGCAGUCCUCUCUAAACAAGCAAUCUGAUGACCUGCCAAAGGCUGACCCCUCUGCCCAGUCAGAGGGAGAAAAGGUGGCAGAUCUGGCCAGGCAGCUGCAGGAGAGUGCUACUAAGCUUCAGACACUCCGAGACCAGUGCUUUGCACAGCAUAAAGCAGGGACUGACACCAGCACCAUAGACCAGAAACUUCGUCUGGUCAUCUCUGACUUCUACCAGCUCAUCUUGGCCUUCCUGCAAGUCUAUGAUGAUGAGCUACGCGAGUGCUGUCAGCGCCCAGUACCCAGCCUGCACCCAAGUGGCCCCAUCAUCCAAGCUGUCUAUCAGACUCUGGCUUCCUGUGGCCAAUUGUUGAGAGCAGUCAUGGAGAUUGCAGACACCUCUGCCGAAGCUAUGAAAGCAGCAAGGAAGCAGGAAGGAGAGCCAAACUGUUGGAGCAGCAACAACUCUGGGAUAAGCCUAGCUGCCAGAAUUGAUGAAGUAACACAGAAGUACAAGAUCCUUACUGACAGAUUUCACAGAGGCACAAGAUGAUGCAGGGCUAUAAAGCCCUCCCUGGAGCUUUCAGGAGGGCCAGUUCCAAUCCUGAUCACAGCCUGCAUGGAUUUCCACUUGCCUGGUGCUUGCAGUUUGAAGGGAAGGAGGAAGAGGGAGGCAGAAAAGGAAGGCAGAGAUGGGUAGGAGAGGGAAGAAAUAAAAGAAACUCAAGCUUAA